UCCCUCCCUGACAUGGAGAGUAACCUGUCUGGCUUGGUGCCUGCUGCUGGGCUGGUACCUGCGCUGCCGCCCGCCGUGACCCUGGGGCUGACUGCGGCCUACACCACCCUGUACGCCCUGCUCUUCUUCUCCGUCUAUGCCCAGCUCUGGCUGGUGCUCCUGUAUGGGCACAAGCGUCUCAGCUAUCAGACGGUGUUCCUGGCGCUCUGUCUGCUCUGGGCUGCCCUGCGUACCACCCUCUUCUCCUUCUACUUUCGAGACACACCCCGAGCCAACCAUCUGGGGCCCCUGCCCUUUUGGCUUCUCUACUGCUGUCCUGUCUGCCUGCAGUUCUUCACACUGACGCUCAUGAACCUCUACUUUGCUCAGGUGGUGUUCAAAGCCAAGGCAAAGCGUCGGCCAGAGAUGAGCCGAGGCUUGCUGGCUGUCCGAGGGGCCUUCGUGGGGGCCUCGCUGCUCUUUCUGCUGGUGAAUGUGCUGUGCGCGGUGCUGUCCCGCCGGCGCCGGGCACAGCCCUGGGCCCUCCUGCUGGUGCGUGUCCUGGUGAGCGACUCCCUGUUUGUUAUCUGCGCACUCUCUCUUGCCGCCUGCCUCUGCCUUGUGGCCCGGCGGGCCCCUUCCACCAGCAUCUACCUGGAGGCCAAGGGGACCAGUGUGUGCCAGGCAGCUGCAAUGGGUGGUGCCAUGGUCCUGCUCUAUGCCAGCCGGGCCUGCUACAACCUGGCGGCCCUGGCCUUGGCCCCGCGGAGCCGGCUGGACACCUUCGAUUACGACUGGUACAACGUCUCUGAUCAGGCGGACCUGGUGAAUGACCUGGGGAAUAAAGGCUACCUGGUGUUUGGCCUCAUCCUCUUUGUGUGGGAGCUGCUGCCCACCACCCUACUGGUGGGCUUCUUCCGGGUGCAUCGGCCCCCACAGGACCUGAGCACCAGCCGCAUCCUCAACGGGCAGGUCUUUGGCUCGCGUUCCUACUUCUUCGACCGGGCACACUGCGAGGAUGAGGGCUGCUCUUGGGAGCAUAGCCGGGGCGAGAGCACCAGCAUGUCAGGUAGCCUAGGCUCCAGCAGCUGGUAUGGCACCAUCGGGCGGGAACCAGGCUGGUGCGGAGGCAGCCAGACUCGGACCACGCCCCUGCUCUUCUCCCAGGUUCUGGGACCAGGCGGCCACCACCACAGUCUCUACUCUACCCCACAGACGUGAUCCCCUUCAUCUCCCCGCAGAACACCCAGCCCCCAGCCCCUCCCACCCCAGACCCCUGUGCCAAGUUCAUCUGCUGCUGCUUGCCCAGGAUCCCGGGGGCUGUAGCUUCCCCAGGCCGGCUCCUUGC